CCCAUACCUAAAGUUCGUGUCCAAAACCAAUAUUCCAUAGUUUUUCGAAAAACUAUGAAUCACGCCAGAAUAUCUUCAUUCUGUCGUAAAAACAUUGUAAAAAAUGAGUUUGGCAAACCUUUUCGUCGCUGGAUUCAUGUCGGUGAAAAGAUACACGACUUUUCCGUUAUAGAUAAAAGAAAAAUACCUGAGUUAGAGUUAGAAUACAUUCGUUUGCAGCAUGAUGCUACUAAGGCUGAUAUGAUCCAUCUUUCUCGAAACGAUCCUAAUAAUGUGUUCAGCAUUGGCUUUCAUACGCCUGCAGAUAAUGACAAGGGAAUUCCGCAUAUCUUAGAACACACUACAUUGUGCGGAAGCAACAGAUAUCCAGUCAGAGAUCCAUUCUUUAAAAUGCUGAAUCGCAGUUUGGCAAACUUUAUGAACGCUUUUACUGCCUCAGACUUCACUUUUUAUCCUUUUGCAACCGUGAACCCUACAGAUUAUAAAAAUUUACGAGAUGUUUACUUGGAUGCCACUCUUUUUCCAAAGUUAAGAAAGCUUGACUUUUUGCAAGAAGGAUGGAGAUUUGAGCACUCAAACGUUAAGGACAAGUCUACUCCUAUUAUUUACAAUGGUGUUGUCUUUAACGAAAUGAAAGGACAAGUUUCCGACUCUUCCUAUGUCUUUUACAUGCUCUUUCAGCAACAUCUCUUUCAGGGAACUGCGUAUGGCUCCAAUAGUGGAGGCGAUCCACUUGCCAUUCCAGAUUUAAGCUAUGAAGAAUUAGUCAACUUUCACAAAACUCAUUAUCAUCCCUCGAAUGCGAAAAUUUUUUCUUACGGCUCAUUUCCCCUGAAGGAGAAUCUGGCUGCUUUAAGUGAUACCUUUUCACAUUUCAGUCCUAAAGAAAUUCAUAAGCCAGAGAUGUAUCUCGCUGAUUUUGAAGGUGAAAGACGUGUCACUGAGUAUGGUCCCGCAGACCCCGUGAUGCCUCCUGACCACCAGGCUAAGUUUUCUAUUUCGUUUUUGGCAAAUGAUACAGCAGACAUUUACGAAACAUUUGCAUUGAAAAUACUCUCUAGACUAUGUUUAGACGGGUUUUCUUCUCCUAUGUACCAAGCUCUCAUCGAAUCUGGAUUGGGUUCAGAAUUUUCCCCAAACAGUGGUUAUGACUCUACUACAAAGAGGGGUAUUUUUUCUGUAGGAAUAGAAGGCGCUGGCAACGAUGCACUUCCCUUAUUAGAGGAAAAAAUCUAUUCUGUUUUCAAAGACUUGGCUGAGAACGGGUUUAAGCAAGAAAAGUUAGAUGCCAUUCUCCAUCAAAUGGAAAUUUCUUUGAAGCACAAAUCUGCUCACUUUGGUAUGGGACUAGCUCAGUCAGUUCCAUUUUACUGGUUUAAUGGCGUGGACCCAGCAGACUAUCUUUCCUGGAAUAAACAGAUUGAAUGGCUUAAGAACGAAAACAAAGAUGGUAAAUUAUUCCAGAAAUUGAUUCAAAAGUACGUCUUUAAGAACAAGUCACGAUUUGUUUUCAGCAUGUAUCCUUCUGCGGAUUUCUCGAAAAACUAUCAGAAAAAAGAAGCCGAAAAGCUACAGAGCCAUGUCUCGUCUCUUCCACAAAGCAAAAUCAGAGAAAUUGAACAAGUCAGUGCUGAUUUGUUAGAAAAGCAAUCAACACUUGAGGAUACCAGCUGUUUACCUACGCUCAGUGUUUCUGAUAUUAAUAAAGCUACAGAAAAGACUGAGCUUGAAUUCAUGGAACUGGGUAAUGUUCCUAUCCAAUGGUACAAAUUGAGCCCUGGUCUCACUUAUCUUCGACUAUUAUUUCCUUUGAAAGGAUUUCCUGAGCAUCUUCUCCCUUACCUUAGUGUAUACUGCGAUGCUUGUCUUAGUUUAGGAACUUCCGAGGAAAGCAUAGCUGAGAUUGAACAACAAAUCCGCCGGUAUACUGGUGGUAUUAAUGUUUCACCAUCUCUGGUUACCGAUCCUAAAGAUUUGUCUAAGGCUGGACUCAACUUAUAUGUUUCUGGUUAUUGUUUAGAUGAAAACGUGGGAAAAAUGACCAACUUGAUAAAAAAAGUGUUCUAUGAGACAAACUUUGACAAUCACGAAAAAUUAGCAACUAUGCUGAAGACAUCUAUAAGUGGUAUCACCGAUGGCAUAGCUGAAAGAGGACAUGCAUUUGCGCGCUUGUCAUCAGCUUCUAGCCUUACGAAGAAAGCACAUAUGUCUGAGCAACUCAAUGGUCUCAGUCAAGUGAAGCUACUUAGUCAACUGAACAGGGCGAAAGAUUUGGAUUUAUUAGUAUCUCACCUUAAAGAAAUUCACGAAUUUCUGAAAAAGUCUCAUGAUGUAAAGGUUGCAGUGAAUGCUGCACCUUCGCAACAAAUAGUUGUGAAGGAAUCCUUGAAGAAAUUGUUGCCUUCUCCAUCCAUGGAACCAGCAACACAAAAGCAAGAAGGCUCAGAAAGCUUUGGUCCUUCUUCCACUCAAGUUUAUCAUGAGCUUCCUUUCCAGACGAAUUUCGCCUCCACGUCAUAUAUUGGUGUUCCAUACACGCAUGAGGAUGGAGCAGCCUUACAAAUUUUAUCAUCAUUGCUUACUCACAAGUACCUACACGGAGAAAUUCGUGAGAAGGGCGGUGCCUAUGGUGCCGGUCUCUCAUACGGUGGAGUUGAUGGAAUUCUUUCCUUCUUUACUUAUCGAGAUGCUGAUCCAUCUCGAUCAUUAGCAAUUUUCACAGAGGCCUCAGAAUGGGCAGCUACACAUCUGUUCUCUGAAUCAGACCUUGAUGAGGCGAAGUUAAGCGUUUUUCAAGGUAUUGAUGCCCCUCAGAGCGAAAGCCAAAAGGGUAUACUGCAGUUUCUAGAUGGUGUUUCGGAUGACAUGUUACAAUACCGCAGAGAACGCCUUUUAGCUGUGACAGCAGAGGACGUCUCUCGUGUUGCCAAAGAAUAUUUGGUAAAUGGAAAAGUCUCUUCCAGUACUAUUUUGGGACCCAAGAUGUCCGUUCAGCCAGCCGGUUGGGAAAUUAACUCGCUCAGCUCUUAAAUCCUUUUUGAGGAAAAUGAGAGCACUCAUUUAAGACAUGGUUAACGAAAACCGGAAUAUUGUAUGAACUAAUGAUAAAAGUUGCGGCAAUUUUAAAGCCUUUUUGUUAAUAAAGUUUUAUGUUUUUAUACUAUGGAAUUGUUUCAUGACUGUUGCUAAGUUUGCAUGAGUCAUUGUUUUGUCGACAAGGAAAAAGAAACGUAUAUAAAUAAAGAUCUAAAUAUGAAAUCAUGAUGUUUUUGAUUCUUUUCAUGUCAAGCUGCAUCUUACAAAUGUGCAUUCAUUGAUAAGUUUCAGUAUACAGUUCCAGUGCUUUUGUAUGUAGUUGCUUCUCUCAAGUGUAAAAAGCUAUCAAAUCUAUUUUUAUUCAAUCUGAGUGUUAAC